AUGGCUUCGGAGAGUCCGCCGGGGAGGGAAAAUCGCCUCUCUUUUGCAAAUAUCGCUGCCAUGGACGCGCCUCCUCACAUUCAACCCAUCUCGGCAUCAGAUGACGAUGAAAAUCUCCGAUCUUCCGAUGUAUCGCCAUGUCCCCAUCCACACGAGUUAAAUGCAGCAGUGCCUGCCCCACACUCCGUCGAUGACCUUGGGAAAGCGGUAGAAGGGAUCGAUCUAUCACUAAAGACGGGGCUUGAAGGCCGAGAACUCUUGCUGGACGGCCAUGGUCACAGUGUACUCAAGCGAGAGAACUCCUUCGAGGAUGAUCGCACCCAUCUCUCAAACUCGUCAACCAAAAUGACCAACUUCGAUUCCAAGAGUCUGGCCUCGGUGACCACUUUUGCAAUGGACGAGAAAGAUUCUGUGCGCCCCGACGACAGUGCCAGUGUUCAAGCCAUUGACGAAGAGGAGUCGUUUUCGGGUCCUGCUUCUGGCGCUCCGAAUUCAGUAACGGGAUCGGAGGCUGGUGGGCGUGCAUUUCGAGACUUCCGCGACAGCAACCUCUUGCGACCACGCGGAGUUCUACCAGUGCCUGGUCCUCUCUUCAACGGCACUAAUCAACGACUCCUUGGCACUAUCCCCCCGGAUUCUGUUUCGAACAAUUUCGUGAUUCCUCCUGAAAGCCUGCAAGAUGGGCCAAACCUGCAUGGUUUUCCUCUUGAGGCGGAUGAAAAACUUUUGGAGGCCAUGAAGUCUCCCAAAGACCGGCUACUGAUCCUUCAACUGGAAGAAAAGAUCCGCUACUUCGUCAGAGAAUCCGACGAGCAAUCCUUGGAGCUACCUCCUUCGAAUGCAUUUGGGCGGCUGCUUGCACAUAAACUGGGAGAUUACUACCAUCUGACCCAUUUUGUGGACAACAAUGUGACGUCGGUUCGGCUCCAUCGAACGCCGUUCUGUCGACUUCCUGCGCCUUUAUCUGCGGUACAUGCCUCCGGUAGUACCACCCCACCCCCGAGCAUCCCAGCUAUGAAGAUUAUGCGUCGAACGGACGGAGAGCGGCCUUCCACCGAAGGAAGCGUUGCGGCGAGUUCAUCCAUUCCCUCCAAAGCCACAUCAGAGGCUGGAGAUAGCGGCCAAGAUGGAGACCGCACUGGCUCGUCGACAGGUGCGACACCCGCCAAAGAUCGGAUGACCCUCACGCGAGAAGAGCGUGAAGCCAAAUACCAGGAGGUGCGCGAACGCAUCUUUCGCGACUUCCCGGACAGUGCGAAGUCAGACACUGCCAGCGGCGAUUCAAACCCGAACAUGUCACGCUCUAGCUCCACGACUGGGCGGAAGAAGACCCAGAGACAGCGAACCCCCUACGAUGACAGUUUCGAAGCGCGGUCGCAGUUCAAUGCUUACUAUCCGGGGACGCCUUAUAACAAUGGGCCAGUGCCAUAUAAUCCCGGCGUGAAUGAAGGUUCAUAUCCCAACCAAGUCCCGUAUUUGGUUGGACCGGGAGUAUCGCCUCCAGCAGGUGGGAAUUACAUGCCUCCCAGUCAGAACAACGGCAUGUACCCGGGUCAGAUGAACAUGAACAACAUGCCGCAAUAUCCAGUGGCCAUGUCGCCGCAGAUGGCCUCCAAUGGCUCGUGGCAGGGAAACAUGCCGCAGCAGUCACCAUACUCUGGGUAUGCGUCAGUUAAUCAGUCACCGGGCAUGAUGAGCCAGCAGUCGUCCAACAAAUCGUCACCAGCUAUGACUAACUACGCCGUUCCCAAUUCUUCACAAUAUCCUCAGGGUCCUAACUGGCCCACAUCACCCUAUCCUGGAAACUACCAGCAAUCCCUCAACCAGCGGAAUCAGCCCCCCAUCCACUGGCCGAACUAUCCUCCCUCGCAGCCAAUGCCUUCCAAUGUGGGAGCCUAUCCUUAUGCCCAAUACCCGGGGCAACAUCUCAACCCUUCCCUCCAGAAUCAAGCUGGCCCUCAUGCGAUUCCGGCUGGUUUCGCCAGAUCCCAAUCCCACUUCAACCCCCAGACACGAUCUUUCAUUCCAGGCGGUGUCCCUGGCGGGGCUCCACUGGGUCGCCAUCCGAACAAAGGCGCUCAGCACGCCAUGCAGCCGUAUGGUAGCAUGCAUCCCGGCCUUCAGCAGGCCCAGUGGACUGGAUACCCCGACACUGCCCAGGGCCGCAACCUCGACCAUACACACUCGAAUCGUGGGCCUGCGCCAGCCCCUCGAAACUCGAUCGCCAAAUGGGGCACCCCAUCUCAUCUUCCUCCAAAACCGCCCCCAUCCCAAGUGGCUUCUGACUUCGACUUGAAGCGACCCGGCCCAGCUUCAGUUUCCGGCUCAUCUUAUCCCAGCAAUGGGAUUCCUCCCGCGAAUAACGGACCCCUCGUGGUCUCCGGAGGGGCGAGUAUGUCGAAGUCCAAUUAA